AUGACUAACUUGGCUAUCACCCUGAAUGAAAUGGACAAUCACCAGGAAGCAAUCGAAUUGCACCGCAGGGCUUUGGAGGCCAGAGAAAAGACAUUGGGCCCCGAGCAUCCUGAGACUUUGCAGUCUGUUAGCCACUUGGCAGUCGCUCUGCAUGGCAGAGGUGAUCUGAGUGAAGCCUUGGCACUGCAAAGACGUGCAUUAGAAGCCAGGGAAAGGCAUUUGGGUCCUCAACAUCCAAGUAGCCAAAAGUCCCUCGAGCGAAUUGUGUCAAUACUGGGCGAUAUGAUUAACAAGGAGGAGGCCCCAGGUGAAAUUGUAGAGCUGUGCUGCGAACUGGUGACAUCCAGGGUGACCACUUUUGGUCCUGAGCACCAGCACGCGAUGUCGUGUAUUGGCGACUUGGCUCUCAGAAUUUUCAACAUGGAAAAUCAUGAAGCUAAAGCUGUGAAGCUGUACCGUCAGAUUGUUGCCUCCCAAGAAAGGUGUUUGGGCCCUAGCCAUGUUGAUACUUUGCGCACGAUGACUGACUUGGCUAUCACCCUGAAUGACAUGGACAAUCAUCAGGAAGCAAUCGAAUUGCACCGCAGGGCUUUGGAGGCCAGAGAAAAGACAUUGGGCCCCGAGCAUCCUGAGACUUUGCAGUCUGUUAGCCACUUGGCAGUCGCUCUGCAUGGCAGAGGUGAUCUGAGUGAAGCCUUGGCACUGCAAAGGCGUGCAUUAGAAGCCAGGGAAAGGCAUUUGGGUCCUCAACACCCAAGUACCCAGAGGUCCCUUCAGAGAAUCGAGAACCUAUUGGGCGACAUGAUCAACAAAGAGCUGGAGGUGCCAGGUGAAAUUGUAGAGCUGUGCCGCAGGCUGCUCUGUGCAUCGCUUUGA